GCGGCCGAUGUCUGGAAGUUGCCGCUGCAGUGGCGACCCAGUAAUCCAGUUCCAAGGGAGAACAAGAAGGAUGGGAUCCUGCAGCUUCUGGCUCCAGACUGACCAUCUCGCCAUCCCACUGAACGAGAAACACACAAAGAGACACUGAGAAGGAGGCAGAGCAGCUCUGAAAGCUGCCCGUAGAAGAGAUGAUGGGGCGGAGUGCAUAUUUCCCCCCAUCUCCAGGCAUCCGUCUGGUCCUAUUUGCUGGGAUUAUCUGCGGGUUUUGUGGACUCUGCAGGACAUUUUGCUGGAGAAACCCAACGUGGCGGAGCUUGUUUCUUCAUCUGCUCUCAUGUUUGGUUGGUCUGGUCAUCGGCGCUCGUUUGUUGUUCGGUUUGGAAAAGAGUGUGUCUUGUGUCAAAAGCACCGACAUUCGUGAUAGCAGCGGCGGAGGUUGUCGAGGCGUUGCGCCUUGCGUCUGUUCUCUGCCCACUUUCGUCCCGAUGACAUGGUCAGGACCAGGGCAAAGGCCUAUCGCAUCACGCACAUCAAGACCCUCAGCCAAGGUAUGCGGUGCCGGUUCAUGUACAGAUGAAUAAGAAAUUAAUCACGACCGUUCCAACGUUCUGUCUUACUGUAAGACAGCCCGACGAAUGGGAUUGAGUGGGCACCCAGCAGCAGCAGCAGCAGCAACAGCAGUAUCCGUAACUGCACCUGCAAUAAUAUCCGGCGGGCGAGACAUCUGGGGAGAGAAGGAGGAAGAAAGCAGGGGUUGGCGGUACAGAGAAACGCGGCGGCAGAU